AUGCCAGCUCAUCCCCAUCUCGGCUACGUCAAUCCAGUCACCGGCCACGAUUUCGCCGAUCCUGGAGUCUUCUACGACCAUCCGAGCCAGACCUGGUACGCCUACGGCACCAACGGCAACGGCAAGAACAUCCAGUGCUCCUACACCAAAGACUUUUGCUCGUGGUCCCACCAUGACCAGGAUGUCCUCCCCGGACCUCUGCCCGCAUAUCAGUCCGGAGCAGAAAGCUUCCUGUGGGCGCCCGAAGUGAUCGAGGCACCCCAGGGACGCGGCGGCUACCUCCUGUAUGUCUCUUGCCAAGACGCCCACUACAAGAAGCAGUGCAUCGGGGUAGCCUACUCCGACCGCAGCCCCCUGGGUCCUUUCCGAUGGAUUACCGACCGACCGCUCAUCUCUCGCGGUGAACACGGCGGUACACUCGACCCCCAGCCCUUCGAGGACCCCAACAGUGGGAAGCGCUACCUCGUCUACAAGACCGACUGGGACAAGAUGUAUACCCAGCACCCGCAGCUGUGGCUCUCGGAGCUCGCACCCGAUGGCCUCUCCCUCGUUGGCGACAUGCAGCCCCUACAGGCUCCCAAGCACCACUACCAGCACGGGCUGCUCGAAGCGCCUUACCUGUUCUACCACCAGCCGAGCAACUCGUACGUCCUCUUCUUCUCCUCGGGCACAUUCAGCAAGGACACGUACGCCACGUCGUACGCCAUCUCCCACUCGGGCAUCUUUGGUCCAUACGAAUGCCCCUCUCAUCCAUUCCUCGAGACGGACAAGGCGAGGCAGAUCAUGGGUCCCGGUGGCGCGUGUGUCGUGCGCGGCGUCGAGAAUGAGCACUUUAUUGUCUUCCACGCGCUCGAGAGGGAGGAAGGAGACAGGAAGAUGUGCGUCCAACGCAUCGAAUUUGCCCAGGAUGGAACGCCGCAUCUGUCGGCACGACCUAACUGCGGCAAGCGACUCCGGUUGGGCGCGGAACAGGAGGACGACCAUCAUCACUUUGGCAACCAGCCCCCAGUCGGAGGUGCAUCGGGUGGUGGCGGCAAGAUGGGCAAGUUCCUCAACAAGGUCAAGGACAAGCUCGACUCGUAG